ACGUCGUAAUUUCAAGAUGGCGGCGCCCAUGUGGAAACCUGCGCGUGUAGCGUGCACGUGCACGUGUCACAAUUAUGUGUAAACUAAGUUUUUAGGAGUUUCAAAUGUUUGACAGACCGUGAAAUAACAAGAUGGCUCUUUUUCAUAUGCAAAGAUUUGUAGAUGGAGAAAAGAGUCACAUGGAUGAAAGCAGGUCUUCAGAAUCGAUCCUGAAAAGACUCCAUGAGAAAGCCAGAGCACGGGAGAGGCAGUCCGCCGACAGCUCUUACCAAAGUGGAAACAAGGAACAGCAAGGAAGGAGACCAGACGAGAAUUCUGAUGCCAAACAGAAGAGAUUUUCAGAGAGUCAGAGGACCAGGGAAAAGUUCAAAAAGAGAGUGCGCAAAAAGUCUUUGCCUCCAGAGGUCAUCCUGAAGAGGUUACAUGCAAAGGCCAAGAGGCGUGAGAGGACAGCCCCACAGGUAUCGGCAGACCUCUCAGGCGGCAUUGCCGUGCCUUCUGGUUCAGCCUUGAAAAAAUCUUCUGAAAGAGGGAAGGAGUUACCAUUGGGAGUUUCGGAUAAUGACAAGAAUGGUGACCUGUCUCCAAGCAUAUCCAAGAAAAGGAAGUCUGGUAGUGCGGCUGUAAGCACUGCAGGGAAAAAGAAGAUCAAGAAAAUGCCUCGGAAGGCUGCAAAGGAAACGGAAAGAGAUUCAGGUGAAUCAAGUGAGGAGAAAUUGAAAACCUCCUCACAGACCUCAUUUUCAAUUGCGGAAAGCACUCAGAAAGACCCCAACAGAACAGAGGAACAUCAGACUCACAAAGUGAAAGACUGUGAAGGACAAGCCGCUGCUAUGGACAGUGCUGUUUCCAGAGUUCUUAACAAAUUAGCCACAGCUAAGAACUCACAAAAGAUGUCUGCAAAAAGAAGCAAGCAAAAGCGAAAGUUAAGUGGGUCAUCUGGCAGCGAUGUCAAAGACAAGAAGCAUUCAAAUUUGUCUUCCAAGAAAGUACAGACAGGGGCAAAAAAGGGUCCAAAUUCAUCCUUGUGGAGCAGUUCAGGUGAUAACGAAAGUGCUGAUGAGGAGCAUGAAGAUAUGAUACCGGAACCUGACAGGGGGUCGCCAGACCAGGAGCCCCAUCCCGUGAAAGAGGAUAGCAUCGGUGAAGAAAGGAGCAGUGAAAAUAAGAUCCCAGAGGAAGUAGAAUAUGAAACAACCGAAGGCAGGACAGCAUCGCAGAGGAUGAGACAGAGGAAAGCUUGAUGUUGCCAGCUGAUGAUGUCAGCGCAGAUGUGGAUGGUGAGGAUGGCAGUACAGGCCAAAAUAACGAUGAUGAUGGAAAAGAUUCAGAGAAGGGAUUCACUGUGCUUGGAGGCGAGAGAAAGAAGAAGAAACAAAAGGUGGCCAGGGUACUUCCUGAUUGGUUGGCUCAUCCUACUGUCAUUGAGCAUGAUCUGAGGAAGCAUAGUGUAACUGUUGAGGAGAUGGAACAACUGGACUCGCGGCUGGUCAGGAGUCUACUUGAUGAAGGCAUAAAGAGUCUCUUUCCAGUUCAACGCCACGUCAUACCAGUCAUUUUGGACUCGGCCAGGCUGGGCAUCCAUGCAGGGGAUGCGGGCUACCGGCCAAGGGACCUGUGCGUGUCGGCACCCACUGGCAGUGGGAAGACCCUGGCCUUCGCCCUGCCCAUCAUCCAGGCUCUAUUGGACCGAGUGGUCCCGCGUAUCCGUGCCCUGGUUGUCCUGCCAACCCGUGACCUGGCGCAGCAGGUCAGCAAAGUCUUCAGCUCGCUGUGCAAGGCAACCGAUCUCAGACCGGCUCUGAUCGGCGGCUUGAAAAAGUUUGCCCAAGAGCAGAGGAUGCUGGUUCAGACAAGCACUGGGGAGACCCAGUGUGACAUAGUAGUGGCUACCCCGGGCAGACUAGUGGACCACAUCAACAAGACCCAGGGCUUCACACUGCAAUACCUCCGAUUCUUGGUGAUUGACGAGGCAGACCGCAUGAUGGAACAGAUCUCCCAGGAUUGGAUCAGCCAGGUGGAGAAGUGUGCAUUCACAGGGAGCAGGCCGGCACCGGGUCCUAUCACUGUGGAGAGCUGCCGGAAGAUCAGUCUCCCACUGCAGAAGCUGUUGUUUUCUGCGACGCUGUCCCAGAACCCCGAGAAGUUAAUUCAGCUAAACUUGUUCCGGCCACGUCUCAUCACGUCCGUCGUGACCAGCAAGAGCCGCCGAAGAGAUACCCAGCUGGGGGAAGGCAAGAUGGAAGAGAGAGGGGAGUUUGUAGGGAAAUACACAACUCCAGUGGGGCUGAAGGAGUACUACAUCCAGUGCACGCCUGGUCAGAAACCCCUGCUGGUCCUGCAUCUCGUCCAGACCUUGAACCUCCGCCAGAUUCUAUGCUUUGCCAACACCGUGGAGGCUACCCGUCGCCUGUACCACCUUAUCAAGCUAGUCGGGGGCGUGGCUGUGGCCGAGUUCUCGUCCAAUCAGACGGCAGGUCAGCGCCGGCAGAUCCUGAAGAAGUUCAAGGCCGGCAAGAUCCAGCUGCUUAUCUGCUCUGACGCCAUGGCCCGCGGGAUGGAUGUUGAGAAUGCUAAGUAUGUGAUCUCCUACGACAUGCCACCGUACAUCAAGACGUAUAUUCACCGCGUAGGAAGGACUGCAAGGGCAGGCAAAACGGGGGUCGCUUUCACCCUCCUGCAGCCACAUGAGGUGCCAAAAUUGCUGAAGAUGCUGAAGCAUGCUGGGAAGACUAACAUCCAGAAGCAUGGUACCGAUUUGCGAGACCUGGACCACCUCGUCCCGGCCUACAAGAAAGCCCUGCAACAACUGCCUGGAGUUCUGAAGAUGGAGAAAUUUCACUCAUUCUGACGGAAGAGAAAAAUGCUGGGAAUUGUCUCGGCAUGUUGAAGUCGCAAGGUAUCGGUCAACUGAGGCGCUAUUCCAUUCAAAUCCUAAAUACAUGUGUUACCAGGUUCGGAGCUGUGAGAUGAAAAAGGAAGAUUUUCUUUGGACCCUUUUGUUUCGCGAUAACUUUGCUCAAUGACUUUUAAAUCGUAUGUCAGUGAGGCAAGAUGAAGAGCGCCCUCUCUCUUCCAAAAGUCACAAGUAUACCUAAAAAAGUUGGGAGGGGUUCAAUUCUGAUGUAAUUAUGAGAGAAUUUGAAGUACGUCGUUCAAAUAAGGCAAAAUACAUAAAUCAUAGCACAUUUUAGCGUGAAAUACAUUUAAUCAGGAAAUGAGGGGCUGGUAACACGUGUACUAGCACAGGGAAUCUCAUAUUCUCAGCGUUAUAUUCACUACAGUAAAAAAAAGUAAUGAUCGUCAAAUACAUGCACCUGGUAAGGCGCAAGAAUUCUUCUCUUUUUAACAUACAUAGAAUCAAACCGGAUGCAAUACUGUAUACAUGUAUUUACCGAAUACGAAACAUCGAUCUUAAAAAGAAUCAUUGCAUAUUGAAAAAGUCCUCAUAUUUUGAUCACUACAUUUCCAUAAUCCUCUGUAAAAAUUGAUGUGUCUCCAUAAUCAUUUCAUGCCUCAUGAGGAAUGAAACAGGACAGACUUGUUAUGCAUACAUGUACUUAACACGAUUUGUAAACAUUAUUUUGCUGUAGCACAGUGUGAACAAGUGCGGUGGUUGUGACGUAUAAGAUGAACCUUUUAUUCUACACUUUCAAAGAGGCACAAGCUGGUAUCGUUGUUGUCUUUAGAGUGCCGUAGCCUUCUGGUUUAGAGCAUCAGAUUCGUUGUUCGGUAGGUAAAGCCAUACGUUGCGGGUUCGAAUCCAGCCUGGGGUCAUGGUGCUUGUGCUCUUGGGCAUGGCACUCUAUUACUCAUUGCCUCUCUCCACCCAGGAGUAAUUGGGUACCCGCGAGGGCAGAGAUGGUUACUGUGGUUGAUUUAGCUGCAC